AUGUAUCCUGGCUUUGGCCAAAAUUUCGAUGCUCAAACGCGUCGCAGUUUCCCUCCUCAGGCUGAUGACCAGUAUCCAGAGCUACCCACUCUACCAUCGUCAUCGACUGCCGCGUACUAUCCCGCCACUUCUUCCCAUCCGCAAUUAUCAUUCUCCAAUCAACCCAUGUAUCAAGAACCCUUUGGGACCUUCCUGCCGCCGCCAGUGACUGCCGCGGACCAGAGCCAUCGUGACUAUCGUCUCGCCACCUUUAACGCUAACCAUCUGCCUCCCUCAUCGUUUUCCAGCCAGCCCCCCUUUGGGCCCCCAAUGUCAUUCCCCGAUCCAAUUCUUCGUCCCGACUUCUUCGAUUCGUCCACGCCCCAAUAUCGUAGUCCAUCCCAGGACGUACCACCUUACUGGGACUCCGCAGUGUUGUCUAAUAUACCAUUUGAUACAUACUACAAUUCGGUCGCUCAGGAUCAGCCUCAAGACUUCCUGUCCAUUGAUCGGCUCUCUACGAUGCCUCCAGGCGGAGAUGACAUACCCCCGCUCGGUGACCCCCUACCUGUUCUGUUACCUCCCAAUGAGCCACGUCCGCAGCCUGUCGGACGUUCGGUACCUGACUCUCUUCCGAUCCGUCAGUCUGGGUCACGAAGUCGCCCACUCCAAUUUCACCCAUACAACCGCUCGUCCCAGUUAAAGCUAAGGGGCGUAGCAAUAAACAAUGAUAUUCCGGAUGGGGGCAAGCCCCUGCAGCCCAAACCAUCCCGUAUCGGACCGUCGCUCUACGAUGAGGACAACUCAACUCAUCAAACCAUAUUCAACAACACUACCGACACACUCAUCAGAUCCGCGUUGAACAACAAUCCUUUCUUGUUCGAGCAAGAAAGAAAGCAGCAGGCCCUGGACGCGCUAAUUAGUUCAGCAUCUGAGUUUGAGAAAGAUCACGGGAAGCAAUGGGCCACAGACAACCUGGGGGAAUUCUAUAGAUCAACUACGCCGCCAUCCGCGAGCAUCAUGUCGAGCUGUAAGAAGGUCGCGCGUGGACUAGUCCAACACGGGUAUGGGCUACGUCCCUCAGUCUGGUUGCGUACCUCCGAAAUCCAGCACCAGGUACAGAUGGUGGAGAAUCUCACCGCUUCAUUCCCCCCGGAAUUUAUAUUCGAGAAGGAUGAUUCUGAUAAGCGGUGGGCGUUCGAGAACCGGGUGGUCUUAGACGUCGUUUUGAACACCAUCACGGACCUCGGAUACUCGUCGUACCUAACAGAUCUCAAGAGCAUCACCUGCACAGCUUGCGCGGCUGUUCUUUGCGCCCUGAAGGAGCGAUCAAGUGGGAGGUUCGCGAGGAUAGAAUUUGUGGUCUCGCAAUACAAAGAGGAAUAUGAAUCAUUCAUGAAUUACAUCGAAACCGUUAUCCUACCAGACCCAGAGCUAUCUGCUCGGUGGGAAGAGUUCACUGUACUCGUCUUUGAUACAUUGAACACCAUUUGCUCGUAA